AUGAAAAUCACUCGAGUUUUUCCUGAAAAUGCACCAGGGAUCCAACUAAUCAACUCAAAUAAUUAGGCCUCGACAUCUAAAUCCCUCAAAUCCAACAACCUAGUUGAUUUAUCAUUUGAAAAUAUAGAGUAUUCUGUCAGAGUCAUCGACCCAAAAAGCUAACAAAAAGGUAUUCUGAUAACCUAAUCUUAAGAAAACAAACCCAUUCUAAAAGGAUUGACUGGUAUCUGUCCUGGAGGAUAGGUUACUGCCAUCUUAGGAAGUUCAGGAGCUGGCAAAACAACUCUCUUAAAUAUUCUAGCUUGUAGAGUUCCAAAAACUAGCGAAUCUUAAUUAAGAGGAAAAGUAUUAGCUAACCAUCAAGAAUACGAUUAUGAGAAAUUCUGUUUAUUUGCCUCUUACAUUAUGCAAAAUGACAUCCUUAUGGAAACUAUGACUCCAAAAGAAGCAUUUACAUUUGCAGCUAGCAUGAAAUUUUCAGAUCCGACAACUUAAAUGCAGAGAGUUACAGAAACUCUAAAAAGUAUGAAAUUAGAGAAAUGUUAAAAUGCAUUAAUUGGAGGAAUUACAUUCAAAGGUAUAUCUGGAGGUGAGAGAAAGAGAACAUCAAUAGGAUAUGAAUUAGUAUCUAAUCCUGCAUGUAUCCUAUUGGAUGAGCCUACUUCUGGAUUAGAUUCAUUCACCGCAUUUGCUAUUAUGUAUGAAUUUAUUAUAUUACUCAGCAAUGAAUUAAAGUAAUUGGCAAGUUAAUAGGAUCGAACAGUUAUUUUCACUAUCCACUCCCCAAGUACAGACAUAUUCCAAUUAUUCGAUAGAAUAAUGCUUCUGGUUGGGGGAAAAUUUAUUUAUUAAGGCCAAAAAAGCAAUGUAAUUAUAAAUUUAAAAUAAGAUUAUUGAUCAUUUUUAAAAUAUGGGAUUUACUUGUCCUCAAUCCUCUAAUCCAAUGGAUUAUUACUUAAGUUUGAUGCAAGUAGACAACUUGGAAAAUUAAAAGCACUUCAAUAAAAUGUUUUAAUAUUAUGAUCAAAAUUGCUAUCCAAAUGUUAUGUAGCAAAUAAUCAGUGGUGAUAAUUUAUUAUUGCCCUUAAAAGUGAGAGAGAUCUCUUAGAUAUAACAAAUAAAGCAAAUUGCAAAUAGAAAUCUCUUGGCUUUUACAAGAGAUCCUCUAUAAUUUUACAUCAGAAUAUUUUAAACAAUAGUUUAGGGGUUGUUACUUGGGGGAGUAUUUUGGAAGGUUGCUGAUAAUGAAGGCUCUGUAUCUGAUUUAAUGGGGAUAUCCGGAUGUAAAUAUAAAAAUUAUGAUCUUUUUAGCUCUCUUCUUUUGUGUGUUUAAUCUUGUAAUCUCUGCAGUUUUGGCUAUCAUCCUAACAUUUCCAGUGGAGAGAGAAAUAUUCUUAAGAGAGGAGAGUUCGAAAUUAUAUUCAAUUUCAUCCUACUUUAUAGCCAAGCAAAUUCUUGAGAUUCCAUUAUGCAUAGUGCUUCCUAUUUUAUAAGAACUUAUAUCAUAUUGGAUGUGUGGAUAUCACAAUACAACAGAAGCAGUGAUAAUGCACAUGUUUGUAUCCAUUCUCAUAUACAAUUGGGCCAGUGGCUUAGGUAUAUUGAAAUAUCUAAUUUUUAGGAAUGUUGGUUGGCUGUAUAUUUAGUGAUUUGAAAGCCAUUCUUGGAAUUGCCCCUUACACAUUGCUACCGUACGUGUUAUUCUCUGGCUUUUUUGCAAACCCAAAGUUCUUCUACUCAUGGACUAGAUGGAUACAAUACACAAGUCCUAUUACAUACUCUUUUGAGGUUCUGUCCAGAGUAGAGUUUAAGGAUUAAUUAUAUGAAGUCGAUCCAAUCGACCUGUAUGAUUUUAAGUUUGGCACUUGGACUUGCAUUUAUGUCUUGAUAGGAUUCAUAUUCUUAUUUAGAAUAUUUGCAUUUAUGGCGUUGUACAUUCUAAAAUCAAAACUCUAAUGA